AUGAAACGCAAGGCUGAGAAGCAACAAGCUGCCCCCCUCAGCGCCAUCGCGGCGCGCAGAGCUCGGCAACAACAGGCGCAGAAUGUGACAGCGUCGAAGACACCAGAACCCCAGGUCGGCGGGGAGCCGCCGUCGAAAAAGCCACGCCGCUCUCUUGAAGUACAAGAGACGACCGCAGCAGAUCGAACUACGCAGACAAGGUCGGCAAGCAAACCCGAAGCGCCAGUGAAGAUCUCGGACGGACCGUCACGAGGCACGCGGUCUCAGAAACCAGCAGUACAGCCUCCUGCGCACGUUGUCGACGAAAACGAGGAUGAAGAGCCGGAGGAGGACGGCACUACGGCAAUUGCUGAGGACGAUGUCCCGUCUACUGCUGGUGAGCCUGAUGGCUACGAAUCGCCUGCAGAUACCCCCGCCGAGCUGCAGAACUUUCCAUUGUCGAGAGGCCGUUUGAACAAGGGCAAUAUCGUCUACAGCGACGACCACACCCUUUGCGUCCGCAUUAAAGAGAAGAUGAAUCUUGCCUUGCUGGGACAGUAUGACCUCUGGGUCAAACGGGGUGUUGUCAGCUUGAUGGGCGCCAAAUUACACCCUUCUUCGCGUUUACAUAGGGUUUAUGCGCCGUCAACUCAUUCUCUACCGGUGAUCAAAUGCGUUUCGGGUGUUGAUGGAGAGGCAGAGGUUGAGAUCAAGUCUUGCCAUAGCGGCAUUGCUCGCCUUCGGGAUCUCUCUCCUCUGUACCAAAAGGUCUGGAAUGGCAACAAUACCGCCGCUGACAAGCUUUCCCUAAAAGCGGCCUUCAAAGACUCGCGCCGAACUUUUUCAGUGCUAUACACGUCAGCCGAUGACUCAGUGAAAAGACAUCUACGGCCUCUGCAUCUCGAGAAGAAAUGGAGUACCUCGAUGAAAGCUCUUUCACAACGUCAGGGGCGUCUCCGAGUUCUAAUCUGCGGCCCCAAAGCGUCAGGCAAAUCGACAUUUAGCCGCUAUUUGUUGAAUCAUCUUCUCAGCCCGGCCCCCGAGACAGAAAAUGGGUACACAAAUACCGAUGGCGUCGCUUUUCUGGACCUUGACCCGGGACAGCCAGAGUUCGCUCCCAUGGGCCAGGUCUAUCUUGCCCACCUACGCUCUCCAUUCUUUGGGCCACCAUUCACACAUCCAUCACUAGAUGACUCCGAGGAUGGUCAAAUGGUACGCGCACAUCUGAUUGGUGCAACGUCCCCCAAGGAAGAUCCUGAUCACUAUGCCCUGGCUGCGAUGGAUCUCAUGGACCAUUAUCGCUCAUUACUGGCGAGAUACCCCCAAUGUCCAUUGAUCAUCAACUACCCCGGGUGGAUCUUCGGACAGGGACUGGAGGUGGCGACCUGGCUGGUCCGGUGUUUGGGUCUGUCUGAUGUGGUCUAUAUGAGCGAGAAAGGCCCAUCCGAAGUCGUGGAUCCUCUCGGCCUGGCCGCCCGUGAAGCCCGAGUGCCCAUGACGAUCUUGCCAUCUCAGCCGACCGACUUUGUGAGCCGAUCCAGCGCUCAGUUACGGUCAAUGCAGAUCCAGUCCUAUUUCCACAUGUCCUGUCCGACUGGUCUAAGCAACCCGGUGUGGUCGAACACGCCUAUCUCCCGGACAAGACCAAUUGUCGUGGACUACGCCGGAGACCGGCAAGGUGUAUUGGGUAUUAUGGUUCUCGGAUCUCAGAUCCAUCCCGAUCUGCUGCGAGAAGUCCUCGAAGGAUCUAUUGUGGGCGUGGUGGCAGUAGAAUCACCUCACGCCGUGACGGGCGAAGAAAUGGACCUGGACCAAACCCACGGGGAUUCAUCUCUAGCCGACAGCAUUGUGCGGACACCGCGGGAGGAUCUCCCACACCUACUCACCGGAUCAGGGAGCUGCACACCACUAGAUCCCAAAACAAGCCACUGCCUCGGCCUCGCCCUGAUCCGUUCGAUCGAUACCGAAUCGCACAAGAUCGAACUCUCCACCCCUAUCCCACCUUCGCAGCUUUGCGAGUCAAUGGAACAAGGCAAGAAUAUCGUGCUUGUCCGCGGACAGCUGGAUAAUCCCAACUGGGCCAUCAGCGAAGAAUACCAUGCCGCCCGGGCCGCAGAGAGGCGCUACCAACAAUCCGUAUCCCGGUCAAGUAAUGAGAAUAGUCUGACAGAAACAAUUGACCCACAAAAGGAGCACAACCAGACACUGGCGCUCCUGAGGGGGAGAAUUCGGCGCGCUAGCAACGUGCCUUGGAUGACUGUGGUGGAGGGCAAUAGUCGCCGGCAGCGCGAAGUUACCGCGCGGCGCGAGAAAUCGCUGUGGAAGCUGAGGAAGAAGGCCUAUCCGGGGAGUGAGAGCGAGACGGAUUGGCAGUGA